GCACACAUAUUUUCUGUUGCUAGAAAACUCCAUUUAUUCAUACAUAUUUGUACGAGCUUACUACUUACUAAAAUAAUCUAUUAAUAUCAAUAUUGGGAGAGAUGUUAGAUUCGAUGUCCUUGAGCCCGAUUCGAGAUUCCCAAAUUCUGUUUAGGUGUGGUGCGUAGUAGAGUUUGGCUUCCUGCCAAAAUCUAUUUUUAGAUUGGGUGUUGUUCAAGCGGGGAGACGCUACUGCUAUGCUGGUGGCGUGGCCUUCUCUUUCUACUCGUCUGCCGGCUUGAAAGUUCGUCACUCAAGAAAACGUUCUGCUUCCUUUCGGAUCAUACUUUUCUUGUCCUCCGUUAAAAUUUAAAGUUAAUUUUUCUCUUUGGAAAUUGCUGUUAUUUUUCCAAUCACCAAUUAAGGACGCAAGUAAAUUCAUUGCUACAAGUCAGAGACGAAUUUUAAGCAGUUUUCUCCCUGUUAUUCGGUAAUUCAAGAGUUGAAAAUGGCUCGUAUCCCAUAUGACGCCGAGGAGGUGGACGUUUUCAUUGUGGAGAAGAUUCUCGACAAGCGAAUUGUCCACGGCAAGCCGGAAUAUCUUUUGAAGUGGUUCGGCUAUACAGAUGAGGAUAACACUUGGGAACCGAUGGAGAAUCUGGACUGCUACGAACUGAUUGAAGCAUUCGAGGCUGCAGGAAAUCCGAGGCUGAAUGGUCCGCGGCCGCGGCGUAAAUGAACGGAGGACCUCAGUAGAUUUUGUGACCGACCCAAAAUUACUAUUAUUUUUUGUAUCAACUAAAACAACCUUUGAUGCUGAUUGGAUUCACAUUUUCGAUUAUAAUAUUGCAUAUAAUGUCAUUAAAAUAAAUUUCUUCGUCUAACGCGUGA